CCGGGAUCGGGUUUACCCGGUUGUCUGGGUUCUCCUGAUCCAACAUGGCGGCUCUGGGCGGUCACUGAGGGGCCGGGGAGGCAGCCUCGGAGGGAGAGCGGCGCCUGGCCGUUGAGGGGCCUGCUGAGGCCUCGUCCGCACCGAGAGGGCGUCACUGAGGAGAGAAGGAGAAGGAAAAGAGCGGGCGCCGGGUGGGAAGCGCUUGGGCCGGCCUGUCCUGAGGAGGGCCUCCGGCGCCAUGGCCCAGCGGGUGCAGUCGGUGCAGGAGUUCCUCCAGGAUGCCUUCGUGCCUUUGGUGGCCGCGCUGUGCAGCGAGGAGGCGGAGAGAGUCACCCGCAAGAACAACCUGGGCUUCUGCGAGCUGGUCAAGCCUUUCUGCCGCCUCACCUCGGAAGUGCACAUGAGAGAUCCCAACAAUCAGCUUCAUAUAAUCAAGAACUUGAAAAUUGCUGUCAACAACAUUACUACUCAGCCACCUCAACCAGGAGCCAUUCGGAAACUUCUCAACGAUGUUGUGACGGUUAGCCAGCCUACUGAAGGAUUAGUUGCUAAUGUGAUUACUGCAGGAGAUUAUGAUCUCAACAUUAGUGAUCGCUCAGUUAAAGCUAGUGUUCCUUGGUACAGUAGUUGGAAAGACACACUGAUGGGACUGAACACAUCCACAUUUUACUCAGCUACAACACCCUGGUUUGAGUCUUAUCGAGAGAGUUUUCUCCAGUCUAUGCCAGCAUCUGAGCAUGAGUUCCUAAACCACUAUGUAGCAUGUAUGCUUGUUGUAUCAUCUAGUGAACCUGAACCUGUGGAACAGUUCCUAAAGCUAUCACAAGAACAACAUCGGAUUCAACAUAGUAAUGAAUAUUCUUAUCCAAAAUGGUUCAUUCCAAAUACACUCAAAUACUAUGUGUUGUUGCAUGAUGUGAGUGCAGGAGAAGAACAAAGGGCUGAUUCAGUUUAUGAAGAAAUGAAACAAAGAUAUGGUACUCAGGGAUGCUAUCUACUUAAAAUAAAUUCUCGUGGAUCUAAUCGAGGGGCAGAUGAGCAGAUUCCUGAUCCCUGGAGCCAGUACCUCCAGAAAAAUAUUAUCCAAAAUCAGGAGCCUUAUGAAGAUGGCCCAUAUACAGUAAUUCCUAAUAAGCAUGCGGACCAUUUUAUACCCCUAGAUGGAUUAGAUAAUGAUUCCAAAGUAGAUGGCUUAUCAAAUAAUUUUAAGACUCAUCCUCUCCAAUUGGAACACACCAGCAACAGUGGUUGUUUUGAUGGCAAUGAUUACGUAAAACCAAAUCCCCCCAUUCAUGAAACAAAGAAGUCAAACACAUGGACACCUCAUGGCACUUGUUUGACACUCACAGAUCACGAUCGAAUUCGGCAGUUCAUUCAGGAAUUCACUUUUAGAGGGCUUUUGCCACAUAUAGAAAAAACUAUCAGGCAGCUAAAUGACCAGUUGAUAUCCAGAAAGGGUUUAAGUCGCUCACUAUUUUCUGCAACUAAGAAAUGGUUUAGUGGCAGUAAAGUUCCAGAGAAAAGUGUAAAUGAAUUGAAGAGCACGUCUGGUUUGUUGUAUCCUCCAGAAGCACCAGAACUUCAAAUCAGGAAGAUGGCAGACCUGUGUUUCUUGGUGCAGCAUUAUGAACUAGCAUACAGUUGCUACCAUACAGCGAAGAAAGAUUUUUUGAAUGAUCAAGCAAUGCUUUAUGCAGCAGGAGCACUGGAAAUGGCAGCAGUAUCAGCUUUUCUUCAGCCAGGAGCGCCAAGGCCAUACCCUGCUCAUUAUAUGGAUACUGCAAUUCAGACUUACAGAGAUAUCUGCAAGAACAUGAUGCUGGCAGAGAGAUGUGUUCUCCUCAGUGCUGAAAUAUUAAAAAGCCAAAGCAAAUAUUCAGAGGCAGCGGCUCUCCUGAUACGUUUAACGAGUGAGCAGAGCGCUUGGAUGGGAAUGGAUUCAGAUCUUCGGAGCGCACUAUUGCUGGAGCAAGCAGCACAUUGUUUUAUAAACAUGAAGAGUCCCAUGGUUCGAAAAUUUGCCUUUCAUAUGAUACUGGCUGGCCAUAGAUAUAGUAAAGCUGGGCAGAAGAAGCAUGCUUUGCGAUGUUACUGUCAAGCCAUGCAAGUUUAUAAGGGGAAAGGAUGGUCACUAGCCGAGGAUCAUAUAAACUUCACUAUUGGCCGGCAAUCUUUUACACUUCGGCAACUUGAUAAUGCUAUAUCUGCAUUCAGGCAUAUUUUGAUCAAUGACAGCAAGCAAACUGCUGCUCAACAAGGAGCCUUUCUCCGAGAAUAUCUUUAUGUUUAUAGGAAUGUAAGUCAGCUGUCCCCAGACGGACCUUUACCACAGCUUCCUUUACCCUAUAUUAAUAGCUCUGCAACACGGGUGUUCUUUGGACAUGACAGAAGGCCAGCAGAAGGUGAAAAACAGGCAGCAACUCACAUAAGCCUUGAUCAGGAAUAUGAUUCUGACUUUUCACAACAGUGGAAGGAGCUUGAGGAGCAAGUCGUAUCCACAGCUAACAAAGGCAUACCCCUUCCUAAUUUCCAGCCAACACAGUACUGUCUGAACAAAUAUUCGGAUAAUUCGAGGUUUCCAAUUGGUGUAGUAGAAGAACCAAUAACUGUGGAAGUGGCUUUUAGGAACCCACUAAAAGUGCCUCUUUUGUUAACCGACGUGUCACUACUUUGGAAAUUCCAGCCAAAGGAUUUCAGUUCAAAAAUCAAUGGUCAAGCAAAAGAAUUAGAAACCUGUGGAAAAGAAAUGAUUGGGGCUGAAGUGAUAUCAGAAUUUUUGAUCAGUAGCGAAGAAACUAAAAUGGCAAGACUAAAGCUCUUUCCCCAUCAAACAGGGGAGCUACACAUUCUGGGAGUCGCUUAUAAUCUUGGCAGUAUUCAGGGUACAACAGUGCUAGAUGGAAUAGACGCUUCUGUUGGAUUGCAAACUGGAAAAUAUCUCUCUAAUGGAAUGUCAGUACGAGGGCGACAAGAUUUGGAAAUCCAGGGACCUCGCUUGAAUAAUACAAAAGAAGAGAAAACAUCUAUUAAAUAUGGACCAGAUCGGCGUUUGGAUCCUAUUAUUACAGAGGAAAUGCCUUUGUUGGAGGUAUUCUUUAUAAAUUUUCCUACAGAACUGCUUUGUGGUGAAAUCCGGAAGACAUAUGUUGAAUUUGUGAAUGUAAGCAAGUGUUCCUUGACAGGAGUGAAAGUUGUAUCUAAGCGGCCAGAAUUCUUUACUUUUGGUGGCAGCAGUGCUAUUCACACUCCGCUAAGCCCAUCAGCAUCUGAACAUUGCAGUGCUUACAAGACUGUUGUAUCACAUUCUACCUCUCUAAGUUCACUGACAUCCUCAACUGCUUCUUCAGACUUUGGGGUUGGGUCAGGAAGUCAGCCUGAAGUAAUGGAUGUCCCACUUCCUGAUUGUGUUCUCCUCCCUGGAGCUUCUGUACAGCUUCCUAUGUGGUUACGUGGACCUGAUGAAGAAGGUGUUCAUGAAAUAAAUUUCUUGUUUUACUACGAAAGUCUUAGAAAACACUCCAAACUGUGUCAUAGAGUAUUAAGGCAUACUGCAGUUAUUUGUACCAGCCGAUCAUUGACUGUGCAAGCCACUGUAUUUCGAAGUAAUGCCCUUGAGAAUGAAAAGGGCGAAGGUGACAAUAUGCUAGUGUUUGUGGAUGUGGAAAAUAUCAAUACUAGCGAAGCUGGUGUAAAAGAAUUCCAUGUAGUUCAAGUGUCUAGUAAUAGCAGAAACUGGAAGUUAAAGGAAUCAAUAAAUCUAUCUGAAGACAAAGAUAUUAAGCUGGCAAAUAGAGAGAAAGGGAAGCUGUGCUUGAAAUCAGUAAGGUGCAAACAUUUUGCAGAACACUAUACAUUUGCAGAUAUCGUAUUUGGAAGUGAACAAAUAAUCAGUUCAACCAGUCCAUGUGCAGAUUUCUUUUUCCGAAGUUUAUAUUCUGAAUUAAAAAGAACUCAAGCACAGCAAAGUAUGAACACAUCACAAGCACCUGCAAAACAAUCUCUUGAUGAUACUGUCAGAUUAAUACAGAAGUGCAAUGAGGUGGAUUUGAGUAUUAUUGUACUAUGGAAGGCAUAUGUUGUGGAAGAUAACAAGCAACUCAUUUUGGAAGGCCAGCAUCAUGUUUUACUUCAUGCAGUGGGGAACGAGGCCUUUUCUUUCCCUCAAAAACAGGGUUUUAAAAAAGUACUUGGGAAUUCUGACUGGGAAGACUUGGAACAGGAGUCACCAGAGAUCGGCCUCUUAAAUUUCUUUCGACCAGAAAGCACAUCGGUACCUGCCAAGCCAUCAUUGGACCAGCUUUCCAACCUCAUUAAAACUAGAUUUCAUUAUCCUGAAAGCUUUGACCACUCAUUUCAUCAGAAAAGCCUUUGUGUAGUUCCAGUUACUCUUCUACUUUCAAAUUGCUCUCAGACUGACGUUGAUGUGAUAAUUGACUUGCGGCAUAAAACAACAAGUGCAGAAAUACUUGAAAUUCCGGGUUCCUUUACCUGGCUUGGGAAAACACAAUACAGACUUCAGGUGAAAAGCCAGGAAGUAUCUAGUCUGCAGUUAAAGGCCUGUUUUGCUCGUACAGGAGUUUAUAAUCUUGGAACUCCAAGGGUGUUUGCCAAGCUUUCAGAUCAAGUUACUUUAUUUGAAACAAGCCAACAGAACUCAAUGCCAGCACUGAUAAUCAUCAACAAUAACUGAUUUUCUGAUUUUAAAAAUCAAAAAGGAAUAUUAAUGUUGUUGAUAACUGGGGUUCUUUCAGCCUGCAUAGAGCCUGUUAAAAGAUGUUGAUAAAAUGCAAACAAAUUAUGAUUACUUGUCUACUUCUAUUUCAUAAUGCCAAGCAUAUUGGACUGAAAAUUGAUAUCUUUAAAAUAUUUCUUAAGUUAAUAUGAAAUAUUCAUACAAAUUUCAGAGCCCUCAAACCAAAAUUGAAAAUUCUUGAAUACUUAGUCCCUAUCCCAAUGCAAUUUUGCAGCUGUGAAAAAACUGUUGAGCAUGUCUUAAUAUUUGUGAAGAGGAAAAUUUAGGAGAAAGACAUUGUCAUGAGAGAGGGUUCAAGCCAACAUUCUUAAUUAUGUUAUUUUUAUGAAAUUCUGUAGGAUAUAAACAAAUCCAGUUACUCAUUUUCCCUUCUUUAAAGGUGAAGUUGAGGCUAUCUUUUUCCUGUACUGAUAGCCAGUUCUCCUUGAUAACUGCAUCCAGUGCUUAAUAUUUUAAAACUUUUGAAACCAGUUUGUAUAUUUUCUCAUUCAUCUCAGUACAGAAUGCACUAUUUCACAAACAUGAAAUGUUGUUCAUUUAGACUCACUCACUUUAUUAUGUAACUAUAACAAUUUAAUUAAUCUGUUAAAAAUACCAGUUAAUUAAGCUUUUCAAGAAAUGUAUAUUUAUAACAAAUGUGCUGUAAAUAGAAUAAAAUGUGCACCGUAUUUCCUGUA